UGCAUGGUAGGUUAAUUGACAACUCUAAAUUGCCCGUAGGUGGGAAUGUGAGUGCGAAUGGUUGUUUGUUUGUAUGUGCCCUGCGAUUGACUGGCAACCAGUUCAGGGUGUACCCCGCCUCCUGCCCGAUGAUAGCUGGGAUAGGCUCCAGCACGCUCGCAACCCUAGUGAGGAGAAGCGGCUCAGAAAAUGGAUAGAUGGAUGGAUGGAUAAAGAGUUUUUAGUACAAAGUGCCUUCUAAAGAAUUGGAAUCUGUCAUUAAAUGGAUACUGUAUAUAGAUAUUCCAUCUACCGUGUGUCUUUGAAUGUCUUUUAUCACAUGACAAGCCCUCUUAUGAUUGGUUGGAAGACGUAGGAGGCAGGCAUGCGUGUGAACAUAAAUACAGCAUGCGGAUUGUCUGGCUUCAUACACUCCAGUGUCAGAAGUCAUCAUCUGCCAGUCAUUAAUUAAAACGGUCUAGGCUACAGGCAGAAGAGAUCAGAGGGCUACUUUUGGCAAGAAUUUUACUAACUCAGACAAAAUGUCUCUUGAAGAAAAAGAGCGGACAAAUGUGCGUCUAGUUUUUCUGGGAGCAGCAGGUGUGGGGAAGACAGCCCUCAUCCAGCGCUUCUUAAAGGACACCUUUGAGACCAAGCACCGGCGCACAGUUGAGGAGCUCCACAGAAAGGAGUAUGAGGUUGGGGGUGUCAAAGUAAACGUCAACAUCAUGGACACCAGUGGCAGCUACUCUUUCCCAGCCAUGAGAAGGCUCUCCAUCCAGAACAGUGAUGCCUUUGCACUGGUCUACGCAGUGAAUGACCCAGCAUCCUUGGAGGUGGUUAAACGUCUGCGGGAUGAGAUUCUGGAGCUCAAGGAGGACAAGUACACACCUAUUGUGGUGAUAGGUAACAAGAUUGACUGUCACCACGAGCGUCAAGUGUCAUGUGAGGAUGUUGUCUCAACAGUGGAGCUGGACUGGAACAACAGCCUUGUGGAGGCAUCUGCCAAAGACAACAUUAACGUGCUACAAGCGUUCAGGGAGCUUUUACAGCAAGCCAACCUGCCCAGGUGGUUUAGCCCGGCACUGUGCCACAGGAGGGAAACCUUUCCCAAGGAGAAGAACAAGAUAGCUGCAAUGAACAAGGCCAAGAGCUGUUUUCUCUCCUAAUGAAGUGAAGGUGAAUGAGGAUACCAAUAUGAAAAUGCACUUAGGACUGUAUCUAAAAAAAGUGGGUCCUUCAUUGACAGGUAGCUUGAAUUUGCUUGAAUGUGAACAAGAUGACAUGCCAGAAAAUAAAUUGAUGUGAAUAGAAACCGUAUCAAAUUGUUGCAGCCCUGUUGCAGUGGAAGUCAAAUCUGUUUGCUUCAGUCCUGUUGUGGUAAACACUUCAAAAUUGUGUGAAUUACUGUCCCCAAUUUAUAUAAAAUAAUGUAAUUGCAUUCUAACUCUAAAAUGUCUCUGAUGCAAAAAGAAAAUCUACAAUACAUUAUUUGCGUUUCUUCACGUGUUACUUACUUUGAGGGUGAAGAACUGACACCAUGGAAGAACUCGAGCAGAAUCACGUCUGUGUGACAUUGCCCUCUCAUGGUCAAUAUUUGUACUGCGGCAGGGUCACAAAAUUGGGUCACUGCAACUUUCUAGUGUCAGUUUUAGACAUUUCUAGAUUUAAAAAAAGAGAGAGAGAGAGAGUGAUACAAUUUUAGGAUAAUUUAGGCGAGUAUAAUAAUUAUUCUGGGCUCAACUGUAAAGUAUAUGUACAGUAAGUAAGUACAGUGAACAAAAGUACAAAUAUAAAAAAACAGCAUUAUUAUUACAACAUAGUUGUAUGGCAUUGUGUAUGUAUAACACUAAAAAUUGUUUAUUUAGUGUGUUAGUUUUACCUAUAGUUGGUGGUGUUGCGCUGUACUAGUUCUUCUUUUUGUGAGGGAUUACCCAAUCUGAGGUGAGUCUGGCUGCUCGCUGUCGCACUUCCCGUCUCGCCCAUGUACAGUAGUUGAACAGGUAAUACGCAAAUGCAGCUAUUUCAAAGAUGAAAUCGUGGAUAAUAUAGUAUUCAAAUAGAAAAUCAAUAGAAAACACACAAAGCACAGACAAGAGAACUAAAAUGAAAUAUAAUUAUUUGUUAUUAGAGGGUGGGGGUUCACUCUUCACAUUCAGGUGAGGUGCUGCCUCCCCUGCAUGUCCCUGUACGGUGGACGGACAAGUGGCCCGAGGACAUUGGUGUCAAACUCAAGGCCCAGGGGGCCUGAUGCGGCCCGCCACCUCAUUUUAUGUGGCCCGUGAAAGCAAAUCAUGCUCGUCAACUUUCAUAAUUUUUGCUAAAAUCUGUAUCCCAAUUCCAAAUUGUCAUAAUAAUAAUAACAAUAAUAACAAUAAUGUUGAGAUAUUGUAUUUUUCUUUUACCAAACGCUUCUUCUACAGUAACUUAAACAAUACUUGAACAAACUAUUAUCCUUGUCUUCCAAUUUCAAAGUAGUUAUCCCUCAAUUUGUUGUGUAAUGGUAAUAAUAUGAUUUGGUGAUUAAACAUUUCGCUGUUCUAACGGGCCUCUGAGGGAAAUCAUACUACAAUGCGGCCCAAGACAAAAAUGAGUUUGACACCCCUGCCCUAGGACAACUGGUACUCGGAAAUAUGUACAACAAACCUUUUUUAAACAAAAAAAAACAACAACAAAAACAGACCAUAAGACCUUAAAAAUACUACAUUUCAAUUCAACUUGAAAUUUCACUAAAAUGUAUGUCUGAAUGGUGUAAAUUGCAAAGUUUCUUUGAAUUCAAUCCAAGGACCAAUUGACCACCCAGGAUGGUCCCAGAGGAUCAGUUGUCCUAGUUAUGCACUUUUGACGAUCAGUUGUCCUAAAAUACCGUCCCUGGUCAUUGUGGCAUCUCAUGAUGACCAGUCAUUUCUCCGGUGUAUCGAGGUUGCACUCUGCAGAACACUCCUUCAACAGCUAAUGUUAAUAAUCUACAGAUUGAGAAUAAGUUCACUUAAAAACAUCAUCUUAAACAUUGGCUGUAUAACAACCAGAUUUUUGUGUGAUGAAAAAUACAGGCACACAAGGAAAAAAAUGGUGUGUAUAGCAGGUGGGAAAAAAGACAACUGUACACACAUAUAAGAACCAAUCUUAAAUAUACAGGAUUAAUUGGUGGGGCGUCCAAAGCUGCGAGCCUGACUGACAAUUUGAGUCAGCAUCUUUUAAUUAUCUUGAUGUUGUAGCUGCACUACACUAAGAUAGAGCCAUUCCGUAAACUUGGUCUGACUGACAAAUGCAGUGUUGAUGCAAUGGAAAGUAUUGCGCACAAACAUGGCAUCUGAGAUGAUGAUAACAAAUCAAGAUGUGAAUGAUGAUGAUACGGAAAGUAUAAUGGACCCUGUUCCUCUUAUUCCAUUUGCCUGUGAUGGAUGCCAUGGCCGUCCCAACCUGUGGAGCCAACUCCAUAACUGUUGUCUUCUCUCAAUAAAAUGCAAGUGAGAUCAAAUCAGGGAUAAAUUGGUGAUGAAUGAG